AUGGAUUUCUCACUUUCAAGCACCUUGAGCCUGGCUAUGGAUACAAUGGCUAAACCACAGCACACAAAUGCUGUAAAAGACCUUCCUGUUUUCAAAACUUUAGAGGAAACAAGUACCCUCCGUAACGACCCCCGUUCAUGGAAGCCAACCCGAAGUUCUAACAAUUCUAGACACGACACAAGGAAACAGCCGUAUCCGCCUUCCCUGGCAGCAUACUCAACAGGCAGGGAGCAACCUUUUUACCUCAAAGAGAAAGAGCCCUCGCCGCGUUUCAACGAAUUCGAGAUGCAGCUAGAAUUACAUGGCAGAAGCCUUAAUAAUAUCAAGAUGAUUGGGUGGGACUCUAUAAGACCCAUUGGUAUCGCGUACACCUUAAAGGAGCAAGACGAAUUGGCGAAACUCGAGGCCAAAGAGGAAGAACAACAAGUUCAACACCAACCCCAGAAUGCUCAAAACAUAAUACUCGAAGAGAACAUAGAGUCACCGGCUCGAGAGCCUAUACUUGAGCAGCCCCCUAGUCCUGAUAUGGACAUAAAUCUAGAUCACAAUGUGCAAGAGGAUGAAACGUCCUACGACUACGACGAUGAGUUUGCGCGAAUCGACGGUGAAGAUGAAGAACCUGUGUCAAACCAAGCUACUACGACGCGGCACGACCAAACGGUACAGCAAUUUAUCGAAACAUCGCACAUUGAAGGAUUAGGUCACCCAUAUGAUGUUGAGAAUAACUACCAUCUAGCUUACAGCUAUGCUGACCCAGAAAGUCAUGAUGACGACGUUCCACAUGGAGAAGAAGCUAUUUCGCUUUUGCCACCUGUUUUGAUAACGGAUGCAGACUCUUUCGAUAUGAGUGCUAACGGUCCAGGAUCUCUCAAUAUAAACUCCAGUCACAGUCCGUCCUUUUCGCGUCGUCGCUAUCAAAGCCGAAGACAAGGUCUUGAUUCCAGUGACUGUGAAUAA